UCCCUGCACGAAUGUCAUCUGUGAUUGACGGCAUGUAAUUUAUUGUCUUUGGUGACAAUCUGAACGAUCUGAUCUUCGAUUAUCGAAGACUAAUGUUUGAAUUGUAGGACGAAAAUUUGGAAUUUUUGGGGCGUAAUUUAAGAAUUGGUCGUGAAACUUGAACUGGAAUUUUAAAAGUUGGCGAUAAAAGGUUAUUAGCCGAAUCAUGAGCAGAAAAGAAGCUUUGUCACAAUUCAUUCAGCAGAUCCAUGGGAGGCCAGUAGUGGUAAAGUUGAAUAGUGGUGUUGACUAUCGAGGAGUGUUGGCCUGUCUGGAUGGCUAUAUGAACAUUGCUCUAGAGCAAACAGAGGAGUAUGUAAAUGGUCAGUUGAAGAAUAAAUAUGGAGAUGCAUUUAUUCGAGGCAAUAAUGUCUUAUACAUAAGCACACAGAAGAGACGAGUCUGAUGUUUCAGGAAACUUGAAUGCUUUCAGAAACAAUUUAUGUUUAUUGUACUCACAAAAAGGCCCAUGUAUUUGAAAUGGAUGAUAAGUUAUAAGUGUUUUGUAUCUUUAAUUGGAAAACUAUUGUAAUAUUUUUACAGUGACAUGAAGUUAGAAAAGGUUUUAGUCACUUCUCCUGAAAUAAAGUUGACACAUGCCUUUUUACUCUCCUCUGAUUUAAAUUUUGUAAAAAUGUAAAGAACCUGUGUUUAUUUUCAUU